GAAAAAGUAACAACUUGUGGAUGCAUUUGUCAUGCCAAAAACUACAAGUUUCAGUGGGUGAUAGAAAUAAUGAUGAUCGUCCUUGGCGCGAACGCGCAAACGCGGCAUUUUUGACAGCGAUUCCGAGUCUAUUUAGCGACGCUCUCUUGCAGAGAUAUCUUAGUAAGAUUCAGUUUUUGGCGCGAGAUGGAACAUAUGAGUUAUCCUGUGUGUUACAUAAUCAUAUAACGCUAAAAUUCAACAACCUCAAAACGUUAUGACACACCAAAUUCAGCUAAUUUUUUCUCUACGCAAACACCAAAAAAUUAAGAACCAUAUCAGAUAACACAGGCUUAUAAAAUAAAAAUAAAUCUUGUUACCCUUGUCUCUACCCUUGUGUAUUCAGAUAAGCCAACAAAGUUUGAAUCUAUUCCAACUGACAUCAGCUACAACAACCCUUUACAAAUAAAAAAUUAUGCAGUCCAUCACAUAGUACUGGGAGAUAUAUCAAUCAUUUGAAAAUCUCACUGGACAGCUAGGUAAAUGGGUAUACUUGGAAAGUUGUUUGGAAAGUACCUGUUAGUAACAAAUACUGUGAGUUGCGGUUUAAUGAUGGGAUUCGGCGAUCUUUUCCAACAGGGACAUGAGCAUUGGAAACAACGCAGCAGGAACGAAAGCCUUUCCUCACAGAGGGGAAAGUCGUUACAGCUUGAUACAGAAACUAAAAGAGAUAAUGAAAUAAACUCAAUCACUCUACCUGAUAUUGACGAUAAUGAUAAAAAAUAUGUCCACGAUUACAUACGAACUAAAAAUAUGAUUACAGUAGGCAGUAUACAGGGUCCAUUUCAUCACUACUUUUAUGCAAUAUUAGAACGUACGAUUCCAAAAAAAGAUGCAGUUUCCUUAGUCAAGAAAAUACUUGCAGACCAAUUGAUCGCCAGCCCUGCAUGUCUUGCAAUUUUUUUCUGUGGUCUUGGAGUUCUGGAGCAUAAUGAAAUGGGAAGUAUCCAGAAUGAAGUUGCAUUAAAAUUUUUGGAUACCUGGAAGAUUGACUGGUGCUUCUGGCCUCCUGUACAAUUUAUUAAUUUCUUACUGGUUCCUAUACAGUAUCGUGUGAUCUAUACAAAUCUAAUGACUAUGAUCUACGACACAUUUUUAUCGUAUAUAAGAUACGAUGCAGAAUACGACUGAUUAAUGAACAAAUCAUCAGCAAGUGGGCUUACAAGUAAAAUAAGUGACGUGUUGAAAAAACCAAAAAAAAAAAAAAGCAUGUAUACGUAUAAACAAUAACGCUAUAAAAAUACACAGAAAUUAUUACAUGUCUAAUCGAAUGAGUGUUUUUAGUUCAAAAUCCAUGUAAAUACAGGUGAUAAGCAGAUAUGUUGUUAUUUAAAAAUAAAUAAGAAUAAUUUUUG